AUGGAACAGCUCAACCGCGUCACCGACUCGCUCCGCAACUUCAAGGAGACACGGCUGUCGGGCCUGAAGCCGCUGCCUGAGUUUGCAGCUGUCGCGCCCGACGUCGCUCGCCGAGGCCAGCUCGCCCUCACGAACCCGUUGCUCCUGAUCGCGAUCGGAUUCCUGGCUGGUGGUUUCAUGGCCAUCAGCAAGUUCGCUCCCCUCGAGGUCGGCUCGCUCGUCAUCCCGGAGAAGAAGCUGUACAUUGCGCUUGGCAUCAUCGGCCUCCCGAUGCUGUUCAUCGCGAGCCCGCUGUCUGUCCUCUUCUGGCUCGUUGCCAGCUCCGUCAUGCUCAUCCUCUUCCACGCCAUGCUCAUGGAGCCUGGACUUGAGAGCGAGUACGGAGAGGUUGAGACUGUCUAG